AACCAGCGGGGGUUCGAUCCCGGCUCCGUCCAAUUCCUUUUUCUUUUCUGCUCCUCACGCCGCCCGCUUCCGCCUUGAACCCCGCAUUCGGUCAUUUCUCCUCUCGGGCGCUGAAUUACGCGGUUCUCGUUCCCUUACUGUAUAGACUUCAUUGACCAUCUCGCAAAAUGUCUGCCGCUGCUUGUGUCUUCUGCAAGAUCAUCAAGGGUGAUAUCCCUUCCUUCAAGCUCUUCGAGAGCGAGAAGGUCCUUGCCUUCCUUGACAUCCAGCCUCUCAGUCGUGGACACGCCCUCGUGAUCCCCAAGUUCCACGGCGCAAAACUUACCGACAUCCCUGACGAGGACCUCAAAGAAAUCCUGCCCGUUGCAAAGAAGGUGGCCCAGGUCUCUGGUGCCCAGGACUUCAACAUCUUGCAGAACAACGGCCGCAUUGCCCACCAGGUCGUUGACCACGUUCAUUUCCACAUGAUCCCCAAGCCCAACGAGAAGGAAGGCCUGGGAAUUGGAUGGCCCAUGCAGGACACGGACAUGGACAAGCUGAAGGCCUUGCACGAGGAGCUCAAAUCUAAGAUGUAAGGGUUCCUUGCGAGAACCAUGUACAUACCUUCACAUUGUACUGCACCUCGCACUGCAGUCCUAUCACCGGCCGGAUGUUGCAAUCUGGCGCCAUGGCCGGGAUUUGUCUGCUGUGCUCCGUAAUACAAUCUUAAAUGAACUUCGAU